AUGUCUGAUUCAGAAGAUGACGAUGACUUCUUUAAAGCUUCUUCCUCUGAGGAUGAAGAAGACCUUAGAAAUCACAUAGAAGAUAUUAUAAUAGAAUCUUCAAAGCCUAAUAACAAUAAUAAUAAUAAUAAUAAUAAUAACAUUAAGGAUGACGCAUUUAAUUUGUUCAGUGAACCUAAGAAGGAUGAUAUAAAACAGAAUAAGAGUAAUUCUGAUGAAGAGCAUGUGGUCUUAGAAGAUCGAAGUUCAAGUAAUGGUUCAAAUAAUUUGAAAAGGACAUCGGAUUCUGACUCAAUGAACACAGAGAAGAAAAGUGAUUUUGAAAAUUCUAGAAGAAAAAGAGCAAGAACAAGACUCCGUAAUAAAGAGCCUAUAUCAAUAGAUGAUGAUGAUGAUGAACAAGAUUCAUUUUCAGAGAUAAGUAGUAGAGUAAGUUCACCUCAAAAAAACGAUACCACUAAUAGGAAAGAUAAUUAUUCAGAUUCAGAUGAUGAAAAUGAUUUAUUUUUUAAAGAAUUAUCAAGAAAGAAAUCACCUCCUACGUUAGAAGCACCAAUACCAACAAGUGAAGCAAAAAGAUUAUAUACAAUACGAUUUAUCUCUAAAUUGGAUGGAUCAAUUAAUAAAUCUGUUAGAGUGAAAGUUCUUGGAAAAUUUACAUUCGCUAAAAUUUUACCCUCUGCUUUACAAGGUUUACAAAAAGCUUACAAAAUACCAGCAGUGAUGAAAAAAAUUUAUCAAGCGGAUAAUGUUGCUUUAUAUUGGAAUAGUACAAAAGUAUUGGAUUUCAUGACUUGUAAUUCUCUCAAUAUUAAACAAUCUUUUGAAAAUGAAAUAUCCAAUAUUGAUAUAACCAUUGUCUCUAAAGAGAUGGAAAAGAGCAUGGAACUAUCAUUAAGGGCAGAACGGCAAGAAGCAGAUGCUAAAGAAGCAGCAGAGAAGGCUCAAAGCAAUGGUUCUAGGGACAAAACUAAUUCUAUAAAAACUUCUUUAGAUGACAAUCAGAGUGCAGAUUUGAUUAUUGAAGAAUUCGAAAGAGAAUUACAUGAUAUCGCACUACCAAAUGUUAUUGAAAAUUCUAAUACAAGCAAUGAUCGAACUCUCGACCCAAGUGAUGAUACGAAAGAAGAAAUUAUGAAAAUUUCAUUGGUUGGCAAUGACAAUAAAAAGAUUUUUGUUAAUGUCAGAGGAGGAACAAUAUUAUCAAAAUUAACAGAUUAUUAUAGGAAACAGAAAAAAUUACCACAAAACACAAAUUUUGAACUAUAUUUUGAUGAUGAGAAACUUGAUUUAUCCAUGACAAUAGGUUCUUAUGAUAUAGAAGAUGAAGAUAUGAUUGAAGUGAAGGUUUUAAAUUAG